ACUAAUCCCUCCUCUCAUCGCACCACCACGCCACUGAGCUCAAGCUAAGCUAAGUGCUAACCUAGGUGUUCGACCAUGGACACCGAGGACACGUCGUCGGCUUCGUCCUCGUCGGUGUCGCCGCCGUCGUCGCCGGGCGGCGGGCACCACCACCGGCUGCCGCCGAAGCGGCGGGCGGGGCGGAAGAAAUUCCGGGAGACGCGGCACCCGGUGUACCGCGGCGUGCGCGCGCGGGCGGGGGGGAGCAGGUGGGUGUGCGAGGUGCGCGAGCCGCAGGCGCAGGCGCGCAUCUGGCUCGGCACCUACCCGACGCCGGAGAUGGCGGCGCGCGCGCACGACGUCGCGGCCAUCGCCCUCCGCGGCGAGCGCGGCGCCGAGCUCAACUUCCCGGACUCCCCCUCCACGCUCCCGCGCGCGCGCACGGCGUCGCCCGAGGACAUCCGCCUCGCCGCCGCGCAGGCCGCCGAGCUGUACCGCCGCCCGCCGCCGCCGCUGGCAUUGCCGGAGGAUCCGCAGGAAGGCACGAGCGGCGGCGGCGCCACCGCCACCUCGGGGCGUCCGGCUGCCGUGUUCGUGGACGAGGACGCCAUCUUCGACAUGCCGGGGCUGAUCGACGACAUGGCGAGGGGGAUGAUGCUGACGCCGCCGGCGAUUGGGAGAUCUCUCGACGACUGGGCCGCCAUCGACGACGACGAUGACCAUUACCACAUGGACUACAAGCUAUGGAUGGACUGACAUGUAUACACACAUAUCGUUCGAGUAUAUAUGCUUACAGAUAUAGAUAAUACUCCAUCAGUUCCUACUAAAUACGGAGUAUAUAUUUUUAGAUAAAGGAUUUAUAUAAAACCCGGCUUCUACAUCCCGAAGAAUGUACACAGCCAAUCCUACUAAAUAUAUAUAAGCACCUCUUGUUUGUUUAGAAAAAAUGAGAUUAAGGGAAAAUAUUCUCUUUUUGCUGUCUCACGAUCAAAUUUUGAAUUUUGAUGAA